AUGGGAAAUUUGAAAAAUGACGCGCUACAUACACGCUGUUCUUAUCUUGCAAAUGCAAUAAAAAGAAAUAAAGAAAGUCGUCGUCAGCUUGCUAGCAUUCCAGAUGCAACUGUUCCUGUAUCAUUGGAACGAAAUUCACUACAAGAAAUAGACAUUAUUCCAACAGCUCGCUUACGAACUUAUGCAUCGUGGCCUCACAGCACGCCUAACCGUAAAGUAAUGUCCUCAAGUGGUUGGUUCUAUACUAAUUUUAACGAUCGAGUUAUUUGCAUAUAUUGCAACACAGUGUGUCAUAAAUGGAUCAAUACGGAUGAUCCGUUUGAAGUUCAUGCUAGACUUGCCCCCAAAUGUCCCUUCGUUGUAUCAGCUACGCCGACAACGAAAGAAGCCCCUGCAUUGGUUACUCAAAAUGUUGAAGGAGAUUUCCAACCACGUCAUCCAUUGAUGCGUACAAUGUUGGAACGACAAGAAACAUUCAAUAACAACACUUGGACAUACACGUCACCGACUGUCCAUGAUUUAGCGGAAGCUGGAUUUUUCUAUGCUGGUUAUGGAAAUCUAGUAAUUUGCUUUUACUGUGGCGGGUCAUUAAAGCACUGGGGUGCUAACGAUAACCCGAAGGUAGAACAUUGUCGAUGGUUUCCAAAUUGUCUUUAUGCUAAACAUUUAUCUGGUGAUGAUCUUUAUGAGCGAAUCCAAAUUCGUAAAAAUCAACUCGAAAUACAAAAUAACCGUAUUGAUGACGAAAUUCUAAAGCGUCUUAUUCAAGCAAGACUUGAUCUACCUUUGACUCGACGUCUAAGCGCAAAGUAUGGAAUUUCUAUUGUAAGAAGAUGUAUUGAAGAUCAAUGGAAAAUGAAUAAUGAUGACUUUUCGUCAGAUAGUGACCUAAUGAUAGCUUGUUUUAUUCUUCGGCAACAAAUUGAUGCUUGUCAAGGUGAUAAAAAUAAAUUAAUAGUUCCUUCACAAAGCCAGAUACCAGUCAGCUCAAGUAACAUGGCGCAAACAAAAUUAGCAGAAUGCGUUGUAUGCAUUACGGAAGGAAGACAACUAGCUUGCUUGCCCUGUGGACACGUAUGUGCUUGUGUUGUAUGUGGAUACAGCCUUCAAACAUGUCCUGUAUGCAGACACACAAUUCAAUCAGUUGUUCGAAUUUAUCCUUAA